GGGUCCUUUCCUUUCUCUCUCUCCGAUAACUUCCGAGAUAUUUUCGAAAAGUGUGCGCGACCCUCCUAGCUCAUAGUUAUCUUCUAAUAGUCGCUUUAAUUUCUUCUACGAGCUGGACUCAAGUACGUGAUAUAUAUAGAUACAUAUAUACAUAUACAUAUAUUAUUGUUUUUCUCUGUCUAUUCGUGUUGUCUGCUCGAUUGUCGUCAAACGAAGUGUCGCGUUGCCGUCGGGUGACCUUCGAUCGCUCAUGGAUAACAGGAAAAUACAGUGAGACAAAAAAAGAAAGAGAGAGAGAGAGAGAAAGAGAGGGAUUAGAAUUCGUUCAUCAAUGCUUACCGGAGAUACAAAGUAAGGAGGAUAUUCUGCAUAAGAAUAUAUAAGAAGAAUAAAAAGGAGAAGAGUUCAGGAGGAUGUCGUUGCCGCGAGGUGUCGGACUCGGCGUCGAUGUCGGUCAACUAAUGCAGCAUCAGCAACAACAACAUCAUCAGCAACAGCAUCACGUAUUACCAGCAGCCUUUUUUCUACGAGCCAGUGCUGAGAGAUAUCAGAGGACACCGAAGUGUGCUAGAUGUCGUAAUCACGGGGUCGUUUCCGCCCUUAAGGGACACAAGCGUUACUGCCGAUGGAGGGACUGCGUGUGUGCGAAAUGUACUCUUAUCGCUGAAAGGCAACGCGUUAUGGCAGCCCAGGUCGCUCUAAGAAGGCAGCAGGCUCAAGAAGAGAGUGAAGCUCGUGAACUCGGUUUGCAACUGCAGUAUAAUACCAGCAGCUGCACUGGUACACCGGUAUUGUCUGGUACGGCUACAGCAACGACACCAGCCGAUAGUCCAUCUCCACAUCCGGUCCACGUCGCGAAUCCGACGGGCCUGGCUAUUCCAGCCGCGGCCGCGGCUGCUGCUGCAGCCGCAGCGGCAGCUCAUAUUCAGACACAAUUGACGCAACCAGAAUGUGGUAUACUGCAACGAAAAAGAUCGAUCCAAGACGAUUAUAGACAACCGAAACAGGAGAAACCUGACUCGAUCGUCGGUGGCUCGAAGAGAACAAGACUUUCCGAUCAUACCAAAGGAACGAUAUUAGCUGGGGAUGAUACGGGAAAUGAAGAUGAUCGCGAAUCAGAUUCAGGUGGCGAACUUCGUGCCAAUCAUCCACUUGUUGUUUCUAGCCCUGUCGACAGUCAAGACGCCGAAAUAGCAAGAAUGCGUACAAAUAGUCUGAAUGAUUCUGAAGAAGGAAGUCCAGAGCCAGGUUCUUCGAGUCCCACGCAUACACCACCCCUAACGCCUGCACUUACACCACAAAGAGAAAGUACACCAGCUCCGGAAAACCUCAGCUUGCGUAAAAGCGGAAGUCCGCCACAAACACAACAAACUCCACAGGCGGUCGAUCUCGUGCAACCCAGACCAAGUCCGCCAUUAGCUUCACUCGCAGAAAAUCCGUAUUCUAUGUUUCAGGCCGCAGCGACGUCGGUCCAUUUUCCUACUUAUGCACCACUUUAUGGACCAGCGGUCAGUUCCCUGUACUGUUCGCCCACGAUUUAUCAGCAUCAACAUCAUCCAAAUGUACACGAACCACGAGAAAUUCAAAUGCAAAUGCAAAUGCAAAAUAUUCAACAACCUUGUGGUAUACAAGUCCAGCAACAACAACAGCAACAACAGCAACAGCAACAACAAAGAUCGCCAGUCGACGUUCUUCUUCGCGUAUUUCCUGGACGACGUCGAGCCGAUGUGGAAGCUCUAUUGCAUCGAUAUAAAGGUGAUGUGGUAUCAGCGAUGGAAGUGUUAGUCUGUGAGGAUAAUCUUCAACCAAAGUCAGCGUUCUCACCAUUGGCGGGUGCCUUGGCUUCAGCAGCAGCUGCUUCGGCAUCAGUUUCGGCAGGCUAUACGACACGCAGUGCUUACUGUACCACACCGAUCCCUUCAACGAGACAUAGAUUUCUCGCAGCACCUUACGCUGGUACUGGUUACCUUCCAACCGUGAUAAAACCACCGAAUCAAAGUCUUCACGCCAAUGGUACAGGUGAUGCCUAUCGAGAAACAUCACCGGAUGAUGCCAGUGAUAAGACCAGUUAUUCCGAGUGACCUGAACAAGAGAGGACCACUGUUUGGUCAUACUUGCAGUAGUCGAGAAUAUCUUUCGACCGCCAUUGUCCUUUCUCCGAGAAGAACACAAGCUAUCUAGGCUAUUAAUAAAAAUCAAAAAGGAGAGGUGUUAUUUUGAAAGCUAGACGAUAAAUAAAUUAUCAUCGUUCUCUCCGCUCAAUUUUCUUCCAGCUCGGACUCGAUUCCAAUAUGGCGGUUCUAGAUAAAUCACGUCCUACCCAUUAAAUUAAUUUUUCUUUUUUUUUUUUUUUCCACACAAAUUUCUAAUAAAUAUAAAUCGUCGUUAUUAUCACCCGAAUGAUAUUUUUAUUUUCAUAAUAAUAUCAUAAAUAAUACGUACUUUACGUAAUAACCGUGAAAUGGAAAGCUUACAUUGAAUUUUCCAUUCACGUUCAUUGCACUUUAAGAGUAAGUUACUCGCAUUCAGUAAGAGACAGAGAUUUUAAGAGACGCGUGGUUUGACGUGAAUAAAGACUAAGAAGGGGUGGCCACCCUUUCGUAUUUGUCCACAACAUUGAACGUAAUGCACGCGCGAAAUCGACUGCCUGCUUACGAGCUAAUUUUAAAUCGUACGGAGAUCUCUACCCAACAUCAAAGGGAUUAGAAUUGUACGUAGGAAAGCCGGUUUUAUCCGUACCAAUGUCAGAAACAGUUGCGAACUAGUUAAUUUCGAUAAGAUCGACUUAAGUAACCGACCGAGUAAGUAACCGAUAAAAUUCUUCCUGAAAGGAACAUCAUUGUCAAAGGAAUCUUAUUUUUGUUGAUAAUAAUCGCUAGAAAAAUUUAUUAUUUUUAAAGAUCUUUAUUUUUUGCACAAACUGCUGUUGCUGCUGCUGCAAAAAAAAAAAAUAAUAAUAUGAGAAAAAGACUUUUAUACGAUCCCAUUUCUUAUCGCUUAAAACUACAUAAUUAGAAAUAAUAAUUUUGUUAAAUGAAACGAGCUUUCUUUAAACCAACAUAACGACGAUUCGAUAAACAUAUAUUCCAUUCACAAAAUGAAUUACCUUCAAAAUGAACCCGAUACGAUUACGUCUGGAUGUGCACAUGACAAUCCGCCCGAGUAAAGCGAUAUAUUAUAACUUCCUGUCCACCCAUUUACCCGAAAACUCGCCAUAAUUUCUACGAGAACGAAUUAUUUCAUAUUCAAGAAAUAAAAUGUUCACAGUGAAAUAGCGAAGAUUUAUGCGAAAUAUUUCGAGAAUAAACGAUCAUCUUGAACGAAGACGAUCGUGAGAGAAAGAGAGAGAGAAAGAGAGAGAGAGAGAGAGAAAGAGAGAAAGAGAGAGAGAGAGAGAGAAAGAAAUAGUAUACUAUAUUAUAUAUAUAGGUCGGUUCGUUAUAAAGAAUAUUAUACUUUAUACAUGUAUAAAGAAAAUGCGAACGUUACCGAGUACGUAUAUUCGUAAAAUAAAAGUUUAAUAAGUACGUAUGUUGGAUAUAUUAAUAGGAUCAGAAAUGAAGAAUUGUAAAUAAUAAUAAGCGUGUGUUGCCGAUUGAUUUUUGUUUCGAGGACGAUUUUCCGAUUCAUUUUCGCGAUUUGUCGCAUGUAGUACGACGUUCUACGAGUUCGAACAGUAUACAUGUUACGUACGUGUAUGCGUGUGUGUCCGUGUAUGUAUGUAUAAUAUGUACGUGUUUGAAAGGAAAUGAGAGCAAUAGAGAGAGAGAGAGAGAGAGAGAGAAAGAGAGAAAGAGAGAGAAAGAGAGAGAGAGAGAAAGAGUACGUACGAGCAUUCGAACAACGAGAAUGUUAUAACGUAUAUCAUUCGUUUAUUUUUUUCUGUACCUAAUCCUUAGAAUUUUGGCCGAGAUCUCGUAGUAACGAGUUACAAGGUAUUGCGUGUAGCCUAUCGAUUAAACGCCCUUCCUAUCCGAUAAAAUUGCUAAGAAUAAGAAGAAAAUAAAAGAGAAAGAGAGAGAGGGAGAGAGAGAGAGGGAGAGAGAGAGAGAGAGACAAGAGAAUGCAGUAGGAAGAAAGGCAUUAAAAUGUUUAUCGAAUAUUCUUGAAAAAAUGGAAAAAAUGCAGUAAAAAAAAAAAAAUUAUGAAAAGUUGACGACCAUGUACACUCGUUAUACAUACAUAAUACAUGUUUCACGACGAGACGCGCGGCGCCAUAAUUAUGUAUCUGCAAUAUACUUAGAUUAUACUUCUCCGUCUAUACGGCCUCGAACGCACGUCGUACUUUGUAGUUACCAAUAAAUAUGUUACGAGAAAUAAACAA